AUGAGGAACAGCCAGAAAAGAAACAGCAUCGAUGGCAGCAGCAUGGAGAAGGGAAAAAACGGAUCGGACCUUGGGAAGCUAAAGAUCCCAAAUUAUGAUCAGCCUGAAAAGCAACUAGAAUUCCCUGAAAUUUCAGUGGGCAAAGUUGCCACAAGACCCAUUAUCCAUUUGUACAAGAGACGAUGGGUCAUGGUCCUUCUCUUCAGCUUUUAUUCGCUUAGCAACGCAUUUCAGUGGAUCCAAUACGGAAUUAUCAACAAUAUUUUCAUGAAAUUUUAUGGUGUGAGUUCCUUCGUUAUAGACUGGAUGUCAAUGGUCUACAUGUUGGUUUAUGUACCCUUAGUAUUUCCCGUUUCUUUGCUUUUGGACAAGAAGGGACUCAGGAUUGUAACACUCAUGGGAGCGGGCUUAAACUGCAUGGGGGUUUGGGCAAAGGUGGCAAGUAUCCGCCCGAACCUAUUCUGGGUGACGAUGCUUGGACAGACUGUGUGUGCCAUAGCCCAAGUUUUUCUCCUUGGAAUGCCAUCCCGCAUUGCUUCUGUGUGGUUCGGUAGCGACGAAGUGUCCACUGCCUGCUCCAUCGGCGUAUUUGGCAACCAGCAUGAAAGGCUCGUUCCAGAUACGGACCUCAGCCACAAGAAGAAACCUCCUCUUUUCCCUCAGCUUCUAAAUGAAACGGAGGGCAGAAGGGAAAGACGAUUUGGAGACUGCUUGCAGACUGACCGCAGGUGCCCAAGGAGAAGCUUUACAGAGGAGAGCGGCCACCCUUUGCCUGGAGACCUUGGAGGUGAUGCGGAGGCUGAGUCGUCAGACACGACGAUGCUGGUUCCUCGGGUGGAGACGAAACUCUACAAGCGUCGCUGGGUGAUGCUCUUCCUAUUUAGUGUGUAUUCCAUGAGCAAUGCAUUCAUGUGGCUCCAAUAUGGCAUCAUCAGCAAUAUCUUCAUGCGAUUCUACAACACUGACACCUUCACCAUUGACUGGCUCUCCAUGAUCUAUAUGCUCACCUAUAUCCCUCUUGUUGUGCCUGUCAUGUGGGUCCUUGACACCCGCGGUCUCAGGGACGUAGUGGUUGUUGGAUCAGCUUUCAAUUGCAUAGGAGCCUGGAUCAAGACUGGCACUGCGCGCCCAGGCAUGUUCGCUGUCACUUUUUUGGGCCAGUUUGUGUGCUCUGUGGCCACUGUGUACAUUCUUGGGAUUCCUUCCCGCUUAGCCUCUGUCUGGUUUGGCCAGCAAGAAGUAUCCACUGCCUGCUCCAUUGGAGUACUGGGAAACCAGCUGGGCAUCGCCCUUGGUUUUCUGGUGCCGCCUGUUCUGGUUCCCAAUGUAGAUGAUAUGGAUGAACUGGCUCACCACAUCAGCAUAAUGUUUUACAUUAGUGCCGCCGUGGUCACCGUUAUCUUUGUUCUGAUUGUCUUCAUUUUCCAAGAGAAGCCAGAGCUUCCUCCUUCCCAGGCCCAGGCUGCAGCCCAAGCCCUGUCUUUAGAGGACUACUCUUACCUUGACUCCAUUAAGAGCAUUCUCCGGAACAAGAACUUCAUUCUGCUUAUGAUCAGCUAUGGACUGAAUGUUGGCUGUUUCUAUGCUGUUUCUACUCUGUUAAAUCGGAUGAUUAUUGAUUAUUACCCAGGAGAAGAAGUGAAUGCUGGGAGAAUUGGACUGACCAUAGUGAUUGCAGGAAUGGUGGGAUCCCUCAUAUGUGGAGUAUGGUUGGACAAGACCAAAUCAUACAAACAGACCACCCUUGCUUUAUAUGUCCUGUCCUUUGUGGGAAUGCUGGUCUAUACUUUCACCCUAGACUUGGGACACCUGUGGGUGGUUUUUAUCACGGCUGGGGCUCUUGGGCUCUUCAUGACGGGGUACCUGCCAUUAGGCUUUGAGUUUGGUGUUGAGCUCACUUAUCCUGAGUGUGAAGGAAAUUCAUCUGGCCUCCUUAACUGCUCAGCACAGGUGUUUGGGAUCAUAUUCACUAUUGCUGGAGGGAAGAUCAUGGACCGUUUUGGCACAGUGUAUGGGAACAUCUUCCUGUGUGGCUUUCUUCUCAUAGGCGCUAUCUUGACAGUUUUAAUUAAAUCCGACCUUAAGCGACAGAGGGCCAACCAGCAGUGUCAAACAGAUGCAGAUCCACUUUUACGCACUGCGUAUUAA